GUUCUCCGACGCCAGACGUGUCCAGCAGCUCUUCUCCUCCGAGUGGCCCCUUACCACCAUCACCGAUGACACCUCUGCCUCUGGCAACCAGGGAGCCGUGUGGAACUACGGCGACAACUUCGGCGGAGGAGCCUCUGACUAUGCUACCAAGCACGACAUCUUUGGCAAGUUCGGUGUGACCGACAGCGUCUAUGACAACGGUGACAUCGUCCUCUGCACUGACUCCACCACUCCCUGCUCUGGAUAAACAGCCUUGAUGGGUGUCUCGCAGCUGAUAUGCGAUGUGAACAUGAAAUAAAAGUGUUCUAUUUUUC